AUGCGGAAAAUUGAAUACAUUUCUUGGACGAAAAGAGACGAAAAAAAGCACGCAACAUCCACCCAAGUCGUACCGGCGUCGACCUUGCCUUGUAACAUAACUCCACGCCCCGAGCGCCGCCCCUCCGGGGUCACUGCUCGCGCGGCGUGCCCCGCGCCGCCACGCCCCUCCGUCGCUCUGUAUUUGGCGUCGGCGCCAAUUCGCCAGUCACUCGCCGGCCGAGCGUUUUUCUCGCGGUGGCCGGGGCGCGCGCCCGGGAUUCGCAACCGCCGCCACUCGCGCCUCGUCCAUGAAAGGCGCUGCACCGGCGCGCGCGCCGCCUGGGACGCCGUGGAGGGGUGCCGUGGACGGGCGCGCUGCCAGGGAACGGGGCGGGGAAGAAGGAGCGGAGCUGCCGCGCGGACGUGGACAGGCCGACGCUGCGGCCUCUGCGUGCGCCUUUGGGGUCUCAAUUCUUACAACUCGUUUCUUUCAACUGCAGGUGCGAGGCAACUGCCGGUGGCCUGGGCCGCCGCCGCCAGCGUGACGGCCGACGUUACGUCACGGCGAUUCACUUUCUUGCGUUCCGCCUCGGCCGCUUUGUGGGCCAAUGUUGGCGCGGUCGGCGCCGCGCGGCGCUUCGCUGCGCCUCGCGUCGCGACGCUCCGCCUGGCGCGCCUUGCCGUCGCGACGCUCGCCGUCCCCUCCCCACCCCUCUCCCCUUCCCUCGUCCUCCGCCCCAGCUUCCUCGCCUCGCCGCUGCAUCUUUGUGCUGCGCUCAUCGCCAUGUACUCCGCUCGCAUUUAUUUAGCGAAAGGCCGAGGAAGUAGUCUCGGCUUUUUACGCCGCUUUUUGUGGACCUCCGCGCCUCGCGAGGAGUCACGCCCAUAUCCUCCCUCCCAGCUACAAUUCUCCGAAACGCCUGCCCGGCCCAGCCCAGCCCAGUCGCUUUUUAUGGCGCCGCGCUGCGCCGCGCCGCCGUCGCUCUGUGACGCAUCCCCGCCCGCAAGGCCUCCUGACAUGGGCCGGGCGGCCACACGCUCAUUGCACGCCUGUUCUAAGAACCCGCUCCCGGGGCACAGCAGUGAACUUCCUCUGCCCGCGCUGGCCGCCCCGGUCGCAUCAAAGGUCCCCGGAAUAGCCGCGCCGCGGGCGGGCACGCCUCCGGCGGCCGCAGCCGCCUCCUUCCCCGGAAGCAGCCCUUUGCGCCACGCGACGCCCGCAGAGCGCGCCUCGGCACGGCCGCGCACGCAGGGGGCGGCGGCGGGCGGCUCGUCUCCAACGAUCAAGAGAGGGCGAGAAUCUUUAGUAUCAACUGCUUACAUCGGCGCACGCCGCAGCGGCGACGCGCCGCUUACUCAGGCGCGGCAAAACGCCGUAAAAGGCUAG